UCGGAUUCGUACCAAGCGUUAUGCCAAACUGGGAACUGCUCAUUGGCAGAUAUAAUUUAACCGUAAAGCGAGACGGACCAUCAAUACGGAAACUGUGAAUCGUCACUGAAAACCGUUUUCCAUAUCGUCAGUGAAAGCUUCCGUGUCAAUGUCAGACAGCUACCGAGUCUCUGAACACCCGGAGGGUGACAUUGAAUUGAAGAAGGUGCAAGACUAUUCGUCAGGAGAUCAUCCAAGGGGGCUGAAGUCAGCUGAUGAAGAAGCAGACUUGGAACGCGCCAUCGAGUUAACGGGUCUUGGAUGGUAUCAUAUCGGACUGAUUGCAAUAUGCGGUGCACUUCUGAUCAUCACGGUCUGCGAGACAAUGGGAAUAAGUUUCGUCCUGCCAGCAGCCCAGUGUGAGUUGGCCUUGACGACCGCAGAAAAGGGUUAUUUGUCCGGAACUUUAUUCUUGGGAAUGAUCAUCAGCGCGCACCUCUGGGGAUUCUUCGCAGACAUCUUCGGGAGGAAGAAGAUACUCCUGAUCACCACCAUCGGUACCUGGGCUUUCAGCUUCAUGUCGAGCUUCUCUCCAAACACCAACUUCUACAUAGUCCUCAGAUUCGUAACAGGCUUGUUCUGCGGCAACCAAUCGACGGUGUACGUUUAUCUCAGCGAGUUUCUGCCCGCCUCAAAACGAGGGAGUAUCAUAACCUGGACAUGUGGCUUCAUGGCAGCCGCCUACCUUCUGAUGCCCGGUUUGGCUUGGGUUUUGAUCCCGUUGGAAGUAAACUGGGACCUUGGUUUCGUAGUUUACACGUCGUGGCGCGUCUACUUGGUAGCCGUAGGCUCGUUGUCACUCGCAACGAGUUUCCUGUUACCUUUAUUUCCGGAAAGCCCAAAGUUCCUCAUGUGGGUUGGACGGAAACACGAGGCACUCGAUGUUCUCAGACUAAUCUACAACAGGAAUUCGGGAAACAGCAACGUCGAGUAUCCGGUCAAAGAGCUUAAGUUCGACGUCCAUGACACUCCCGGCCACGUUAUGACGCCAGUGUCCUCGACGCUUCAAGGAUUCGUCAGGAUCAUGUGGCGCCAAACCAUCGCGAUUCUUCGCCCACCAUACGGAUGGACCACUCUACUCUUCUGCCUGCUUCAGUUUGGCAUCUACGGCACCUCGAUAGGCAUGUACAUCUGGUUACCGAAUCUGGUGAACAUGAUGAAGUCAGGGACUGGAUCCGGGGCGACGAUAUGCGACUUAGUCUUGGCCAACCAGGCUAAUCUGACCUUGAAUUCCACGCUAGAAUCCGCGGAGUGCAGCAGCCUGAUCAGGAGCGAGGUCUAUAUGAGCACGUUGGUCACUGGGGUCCUCUUUGUGGUAUCCUAUGGGACCCUCGGAGGGAUGGUCAAGAUCCUAAGGAAGAAGACAGUGCUAGUUUCUGCCCUGUUCUUGAGUGCGAUUGCCGGUUUCGGAAGCUAUUUCGCUAGGAAUGAGAUCAUCGUGGCUCUUCUCAUAUCGGUAACCAUCAUUCUCACCGGAACCUGUGCCACGGUAUCGAACGCCAUCAUCGUCGAGGUUUAUCCCACCAAUUUUAGAGCAAUGGCAGUUGGUCUGGCAUACACUUUCGGACGCUUGGGUAUCACACUUGCUUUGAAUACAAUUGGCGUCCUUAUAGAAUCCUACUGUGAUUUCACUCUGAUUGGAUUGAGUUGCGUGACCUUAAUUUGCAGUCUCCUCUGUAUCCUGCUUCCGAAAUAAACGAAUCAGAGAAGGAUCACGGGAGAGUUGAGCGGAAACCGGAUAUCCUGUCAAGCUCUAUAUACCCACACAGAUAUCCACUGAGGCGAACGCUCGGUUCAGCAGCUUAAAUCUUGACCGUUGAAAGCCUUCGUUUGGAACGUGAGCAAUUUAAAAAAAAUAUACAACCAAUGAUAUAUCAUGUA